AUGGCUACAUGCUCCACCUUCUCCUUCAUUUCAAGCACUUUCAGUUUCAUAUCAUGUACGAGCUGGGUAUUUGCUCAACUUCCACAAAUUAUAACAAACUACAAACUUAAAUCAGCCGAAGGAAUAUCUCCACUGUUUCUUCUACUUUGGUUUCUCGGUGAUUUUCUUAGUUUCACUAGCUGUUUGAUGAACGAUGCCGUUUUGAACUUCCAAUUAUACUUGAGCAUCUUUUUCCUUUGUAAUGAUGUGACCUUGUGUUUUCAAUACUACUACUACAACAGUGUGUACCCAAAAACAAUGCCUUCCAUCUAUCAUCCUAUUGACCCAGUUGUGCGAGAGUCACUAACCAAUAGCAAAGACGUUUCAAUACACAAUGAGGGAGUACAUAUCAAGCAUAAACAUGGCAGAGAGCAUCACUCCCUCAACGAUGAUAGUGUGUCAAGUAGCUAUGACUCCACCGAAGAGUCUAGCUCAAUGUUGAAGAAUGUCGCAGUUGCUGCGGUUCUCCACAGUGGUCAAGCAAAUGCUCUACUGAUAAGUUCAGACUCCAAUGAUACGGCAAUAACUUCAUGGGGACUUGUUUUAGCAUGGGGUUGCACAUUAGUCUAUUGCAGCUCAAGAUGUCCUCAAUUGUACAAGAAUUACCAGCGAAAGUCAGUUGAAGGGAUAUCUCCCUUGCUUUUUGGGUCGGCAUUAUUGGGCAAUUUGAUAUACACAUUGUCGAUCCUAACAAGCUGUGCUUUGGUACUUGGUGAUGAUCGAACCAAUUUCAUCUACAAGGAGUUACCAUAUAUCAUUGGCAGUUCAGGAACAAUUGUAUUUGAUGCUGCAUAUUUUUACCAAAAACAUAUAUAUCGUAACAGCGGAAGUAACACCUCCACGAUGACGUUGGAGCCAUGGGAUGAGAUAGAGCAUAGUGGGACGGAAGGAGUAUAA